GUUAAUGAUAAUGUAAUCAAUGUGGAUCUGUACUACGUCAAAUACUUUGAAUGAUUUGGUUCUUAUGUAACGAAGGCAAAAAUUGGUUUCAGUAGGCAUAUGAUGAAUGUAAUCUAAGAACAUAAAUUUAACAGUGAUUCCCGAUGUGCCAACCAUUACUUUCAGCCGCAAGACAUGUCAGGAGAGCAAUCAUUUUUAAGACCAUAGUACGGGAGUUUUAUUAUGUAAAAUCUAACACAUACGCCUCUUAUAUUAGCUUAUAUUUAUGUACUUAUUUAUUUAUUCUGCCCAAUGUCGUUUGCCUAUGUAUAUAGCCGAUUGUUUUUGCACUUUGUCCUGAGUUUUUGCCCAGUGUAAAUGUACUGUAUAUGUACACUUUAAGCUCCUUGCUGCUGUAUACAAACAAAUUUACUCACUUCAGGAGCUAAAUUUAAACUGAUGCCGUGACACUCUUGGAUCGAGUGCUUCUCUCUUUGUAUAAUUGUCGUAUAAUUGUAUCGUCAUGAAACACGAGCUGUUUUGGGGGUUAAUAUGUUAAUGCUGUCCAGCUUCUUAGUGUUUCCUCCUAAUAUAGGUCUAGCGUGUUGUAUAGUAGGGUUUCCGAAUCCAGCGCAUCGUGUUAACGUUUACUGAUAACUCAAGGCUAGUAGGGACUGGCUUUCCGUUAACCAUAUAAUCACCCAGAGAUGUGUAGCGUAAAUGUCAAUAGCCUGUGACGGCGAUGAUGAUCAGCUGUAACAAAGCCGGCUUUGUAUUCCGAUUUCAUGUUUUUGACUUUCGCAAUUCACGCAAUAUGACCGAAAUUCUGGGAACGUAAUGACCUCACGGUCAGAUGUUCACAGGCUGCCUGUGCUCAGUAGAGUUGGGCAGCCACUCAAGUUUUCCAUUUAUCAGCAGCGUACAGGGUCCUCUGCAGAGUCAUUUCAAGGACAUUAUCAGUUCUUGUGUUUGGGUAGAUGUGGUUCAGGGUUAAAAAAAAAAGAUGUUUUUUCUGCUGAAUGAUGUUCUUCAGUUACUGUAGGAGGGAUUUGUGCGGGGUCUUGAAUUCAUCCCUACUAUGGAGAAACAAGCAUUCCCAGAAGGCUGUUUGGUUUCAUAUCUCUGUAGCCUUGACUCGAAACAUCCACAUUUCACCUACAACCCUGUGGGAUGGCAGAAAAAUGGUUGCUACUUGGUUUGGCCGAAGGAUAGUAAGCUGGAAAUGAUAUAUGGAAAUCCACAGCUUUGGAAGAUGCAUUCAUUCAGUAAGGUGGUGGAAGACAGGAAACACGAAAAACAGGAGAUCCGAAAUGCCAUGUGACUGAGUUCCUUCGGAGCCCAGCAAUUUCCAUCAGCUGCCAUGACAACCUACCAGCGCAGCCAACUUCCCGAGGUCCCGUCGGAGUGGUUAGGCUCCUCCCACACAGUCCGUUCUGACUGCUCAGACUCCGCCCUCCUGGGAAAGAUGACAGAUGAUGGGAGCGCGCUAGUGAAUGGACAGAGGCCGCCCACGAUGCUGCGGGCCGCCAAGGAGCCGCUGCCCCCAAUAGGGGGAUCUCAUCCGGCAAGCCUAGCGGAGAGGCCCAUGUGCAGGAUCUGCCACGAGGGCAGUGCCCAGGAGGAGCUGCUGUCCCCCUGCGAGUGCGCCGGUACCCUGGGCACCAUCCACCGCAGCUGCCUGGAGCACUGGCUGUCCUCGUCCAGCUCCAGCUUCUGCGAGCUCUGCCAUUUCCAGUUUAGCGUGAAGCGCAAAUCGAGGCCUCUGCUGGAGUGGAUCCGCAACCCGGGGCUGCAGCAGGAGAGGAGGACACUCUUUGGCGACAUGGUGUGCUUCCUGCUCAUCACGCCCCUGGCCACCAUCUCAGGUUGGCUUUGCCUGCGGGGGGCUGUGGACCAUCUGCAAUUCUCCAGCCGGCUGGAAGCCAUGGGUCUUAUCGCUCUCACCGUCGCUCUCUUUACCAUUUACCUCUUCUGGACUCUGGUGUCACUCAGGUAUCACUGCCGGCUGUAUAACGAAUGGCGGCAAACCAAUCAGAGAGUGGUGCUUGUGAUGCCCAGGUCACAUGGUGAGGCCCUGACACAGCAGUCCCUGAUUGGCCCGCCCCCAGUAAAGCGUCACUCCAAGGAAUCUCUCGUAUGAGGUCCAGCUAAGGGGGUGGGGGACACAAAUCCACUUUCAGCGAUCAUGGACGAUGCAGGACGCUGACUUUUGUGAAACGGACUGUCCACAGCAGGACUUGUCGAUCUGCAUACACAUAUAUGUCUGGAAGCAUGAAGACUGGCUCUCCUGACUGCUGCACUGAGCACAGGCCUCCAAAUUCCUGUGAGGCUGUAACUUGUGCAAUUUGUAAAAUGACACAAAUUGUCCUUCAGUGUUUGUGCUGUCAAAAGGGCUACAGUGUCAGAGUUUGAGUCCAACUGAAACCAAGAUUUAUGAGCAUUUAACACCUACAGAAAAAAACCCACAAUUUUCUAUUGAAUGUUUUUUUUUUUUAAUCGAUAUUAACAACUCCAUUUCCAAAGCUAGGCUGGGCAGAAAUUUUUGUUAAAGAAAUUCAAGAUGUUGAAAAAAAAUCAUUACAGCAGUUUUCUUAGCAGUUUUUUUCAGGCAGAUAUGUGUGUAUAUAUAUAUAUAUAUAAUCACGGUCUCCUCUAUAUUAAUUUGGCUGAGCACACUACAUUAACACACAUUACUGGCAUCGGCCAACUACAACCAAUCUGCACAUGCUCAUUAUGUGCAUGGACAGCAAUUGCCCCAAACCGUGUAUUAAAAUUCAUUCGACAGUGUAAUUUUCAGUGGAACGCUGUUUAAAAACAGAUUAAAACACUGUAAAUCUCUAAAUUUGACAUUGGGGAGGACAUAUCAGUUUUUCCAGCUAGGAAUUUAACAACUGCCCGAAACAGCGCUGAUCAGUUCCUUAACCUCGAAAAUGUUUUUUUUAGCCGCGUGAUCUUCAAAGCUUGGCGGCAGCGUUUUAAGUGCCAUAAUGGUGAAUAGCUGCCUAGAGAAACUCAGUAUUUCAUGAAACACUAUUUGUCGCGAUGUGUUAUAAUUGGACCUGUUUACUAGCAGCUCGACAGGUUUCAGGUAAAUGUACUUGAAUGUCAUUGACGUUUAUUUUUAAAGACUCAAUGACACGUCCACAUCACAAAGAAGCAACACCGGCACAUUUACGGUUGGUUUUAAGGAACCUCCGUGAACGUACGAAAGAUUCAUGCUGUGAAUGCAGCGACACAAAGCCAAAAGGACACCAACAUAGCAUUUUGAAAAUACAGCACUGGAUUUCCAGUGCGAACGUUUUGUUUUAAUGUUUACACAAUGAAGGAUUGUAUGCAGCAGUUUUCGUUUGCUAUAUACGAGUUCUGGUUUGGAUUUUGAACGAAUCUGAGUUUCCUCUAUUGUGUCUGUAAUGAUUAUUUCCCACUUCUUUCUCUCAGCCUUGAUAGAAUGUCUGUAAUCUAUAUCACUGAAGUGUUUCUUCCUUCGGCAAGGAGAAUCGGAGUUGGCCUCGGGGUAUUUUUGGAGGUGCUAUCGAUUUUUUUAUCCUCAGUGGCAAAUUUUUGAUGAUAGUUAUCGUUUGGUUCAUGAAAAAGAAAAUUAUUAUUUAGGGGUUAAAUAAAUCCCCAAGUUGUACUUGAACCACAGAGCCGACUUUUUUGCAACACCUUCAGCUUUGCCCUGAUGAGCUGCUUCAAAAUGUACAAUAAACCCUUUGGUAUCCUUCA